GACCACUCCUCUCUUUUUCCUUCAUCCUCCUCUUUUUCUCAUCACGUUCAGCAGUACCGGUUCCUCUUUCUCUUCCUUUUUUGACGCCGGCGUGACCCACGGUACGGCGACGACACCCACUCCGGCGCAAGGCAACGGCGGUGCAGCUCCCUCAUCUGAUCGACAGACACCAUUCCUGCGACACACUUCGAGGACGGCAUACCUAACUCCAUAGAGGGCCAAUAUUUUCAAUCUCGCAACUGAAAUGAAGAAACAUUGUAGUUCGGUUCCUAGCUCUAGUAAACAAAUGAUGGAGGAUGAAAGAGAAGAUCUUGAAUAUUCUUCCUCAGAAGAAUCUCUUGACUCGGAAGAAGAGAAUAUAGAGCGUGAACUUGCAGAUGUGACUUUUGAGGAGUUACAGAGAGUACGGUCUGAUGGAUCACACUCGAUGUACCAAAAGACCAACCAAGAGAAGAAAGGCAGGCGAGCAAACAAGAACAGGCCAAUGGAGGUUAGCAGCAAGAAACCAGUUGGUAGGUUUAGAGAGGUCAUUCAGGCUCCUAAAAACAUGGUACGUGAUCCACGUUUUGAGUCUCUAACCGGCUCUCUUGAUGUUGAGGGAUUUAAGAAGAGAUAUAGUUUCAUUUAUGAGAAUAAUCUUCCAGCUGAAAAAGAGGAACUGAAAAAGCAGUUAAGGAAAGCCAGUGAUUCAAACGUUGUUGAAGAAUUAAAGAAACAACUGUCUUGGAUUGACAAGCAAUUCAAAUCGGACUCCACAAAGCGUGUAGAUGCUGCAAUUCUGGCCAAUCAUAAAAAGAAAGAGAGAGAAGCAGCCAAGCAUGGGAAAAAGCCCUUCUAUCUUAAGAAAUCUGAAAUUCGAAAGCAAAGGCUUACUGAAAAAUACAACACUCUCAAGUCCACGGGGAAGCUCGACGCCUAUAUGGAAAGGAGGAGGAGGAAAAACGCUGCGAAGGAUCGUAGAUACAUACCGUAUCAAAGGUCAAGCAAGAGUGAUGAACAAGAGUGAUGGUAAAAACGGGUAUUGUUCUCUUGGUUGCUUUGGUUUUAGGAGAUUCAUGGUUCCAUAUUUUGAGAUUUAGAGAAGAAAAUGGCUUACUCAUAGAUAGUUUAUAAUUUGUUGAAUGUUGUUAUGUAUUGUUUGAUGAUAUGUAAAUCUGAUGUCAAAAUAUUUAUAAUAACUUCUUGUCUUCUUUUAGCUCCAA